AUGACCAGCAGUUCCUUCGGCCAACCACGACUCGAGAAUGGCAAUGGGGAGACGCUUAUGGCACGCGGAGCGGUCGAGCUGCACGAACACGUGGCCUCACGCAUGCGAACAGCUUUUGGAUGUCCGCUACCUGGAGUAGAAGUUCGUUUCGAGAACGUGUCGAUUUCCGCGAGCAUCACCGUGAAAGAUGAGAGUCAAGUUCAAUCGGAGCUGCCGACUAUCGCCAACGUGAUUAAGCGGAGUUCGUGGCAGGUGGGCUCUAAGCGACACGUGAUCAAGAAGAACAUCCUUCGCAACAUCAGUGGUGCGUUCAAGCGUGGGACCAUGACGUUGAUUCUUGGUCAGCCUGGAUCCGGCAAGUCGUCGCUGAUGCAACUAUUGAGUGGACGGUUCGCUGCUGGAAGGAACGUCUCAGUUGAAGGAGACGUGACGUUUAACGGUCUGUCACGUGAGUCUUUAAUGAAGCGACUACCACAACUUGUUGCGUACGUGCCUCAGAACGACAAACAUUUGCCUACACUGACGGUUAAGGAGACGCUCGAGUUCGCGCAUGCCUGUAAUGGUGGAGGACUAUCCAAGCGCGACCAGAAGAACUUCGUGCAUGGAACGCAUGAGGAGAAUCAAGCCGCAUUAGCCGCCGCUCGUGCCAUGUACGAGCACCUCCCAGACAUUGUAAUACGUCAACUUGGUCUUGAAAACUGCCAAGACACUGUUGUAGGAGAUGCCAUGCUGCGUGGUGUUUCUGGUGGCGAGCGGAAGCGUGUGACGACUGGAGAAAUGGCAUUUGGCAACAAGUUUGUGCUCAUGAUGGACGAGAUCAGCACGGGGCUUGACAGUGCCGCGACGUUCGAUAUCAUCUCGACGCAGCGUAGUCUGGCCAAGACGUUCCACAAAACGAUAGUAAUCUCGUUAUUACAGCCAUCUCCUGAGGUCUUUGAGCUGUUCGACGACGUCCUUCUACUGAAUGACGGGUACGUUAUGUACCACGGACCUCGUUCAGAGGUGCAAAGCUACUUUGAAGACAUGGGCUUUAAAUGUCCUCCCAACCGUGACGUGGCAGAUUUCUUGAUGGAUCUGGGAACGAACAAACAGCGUCAAUAUGAGACUUGUCCUGUCCCGAGAUAUGCGAGUCAAUUUGCUGAUACGUUUGAGAGAUCGAACAUCCACAAGCGCAUGAUGGACCAUUUACAUGCUCCUGUGGACGCGGGGUUGCUGGAAUACAACAAACACUACGUCAACCAUACGCCUGUGUUCCAGCAGAACUUCUUGACGGGAACAACCAUCAUUAUUGCACGCGAGUUGAGGGUUCUUUUCCAGGACUCAGCUGCUGUUAAGAGUCGAAUAUUCAUGGCCUUAGUGAUUGGUUUGCUGUACGGUACGGCGUUUUAUCAAUUCGAUGAGGUGAACUCCCAAGUCGUCAUGGGUCUGGCGUACACUGCAGUCGAUACCUUGUCGGUGGCCAAGUCUUCGAUGAUCCCUACCAUUCUAGCUACGCGUGAUGUGAUCUACAAGCAACGUGGUGCGAACUUCUAUCGAACGUCUUCGUUUGUGAUUGCAAGCUCUGUGAAGCAGACACCCGUCGUUCUAAUGGAGACACUGCUGUUUGGAUCGAUUGUGUACUGGAUGUGCGGCUUUGUCGCGAGUGUGCAGAGCUAUAUCCUGUACCAGCUGGUGCUGUUCCUCGUGAAUAUGGCGUACUCUGCGUGGUUCUUCUUCAUCGCCUCUGUGUGUCCGAAUAUCAACGUCGCCAACCCGAUCGCAUUGCUGUCGCUAUUGUUCCUCGCUACAUUCUCGGGAUUUUUGAUCACCAAGGAUACAAUUCCAGUGUAUCUGUCGUGGGUCUACUGGAUCAGUCCUCAUGCUUGGGGCAUUCAUGCUGUUGCGGUGAAUCAGUACAGAGAAUCCCGCUUCAAUACGUGUGUGUACGAAGGAGUGGAUUACUGUUCGGAGUAUGGGAUGCAGAUGGGGGAAUACAUGCUUAGCGUUUACAGCGUGCCGUCGGAGAAGCGCUGGCUGUGGUUCGGUCUCGCUUUCCUAGCUGCUUCCUACGUCUUCUUCAUGACUCUCUCGUGUUUGGUGCUAGAAUACUGGCGAUACGAGACACCGGAGACGAUAUCUCUCGAUGUAGUGGCCGACUUAGACAAGAACACAGCGUCACUGAGAGAUGACUACGCACUGGUUACCACUCCAAAGGCUGCAACUACUUACAAAGACCACCAACUGCUUUCUGUCACGCGCUCGGCAGAGAGAAAUUUUGUUCCGGUUACGUUGGCUUUCAAAGAUUUGUGGUAUUCUGUAUCGGGCCCUGCGAAUUCAAAGGGUAAUAUCGAUCUUCUUAAGGGUGUGAGUGGAUUUGCACUCCCGGGUACUAUAACUGCACUAAUGGGGUCUUCAGGUGCCGGUAAGACCACGUUGAUGGAUGUUAUUGCUGGAAGGAAGACCAGUGGACAGAUUCGUGGAGAUAUCUUGCUAAACGGGUAUCCAGCUACCGACCUUGCCAUUCGUCGAGCUACGGGUUAUUGCGAGCAGAUGGACAUCCACUCGGAGGCGUCGACAUUCCGUGAGGCGCUUACAUUCAGUGCCUUUCUGCGUCAAGGUGCUGAGGUUCCUGAUGCUCAAAAAUAUGACUCGGUCAAUGAGUGUUUGGACCUGCUUGACCUGCAUCCGAUCGCUGACCAGAUCAUCCGUGGCAGCUCCACAGAGCAGAUGAAGCGACUGACUAUCGGCGUGGAACUGGCAGCACAGCCUAGCGUGCUCUUCCUCGACGAACCAACAAGUGGAUUGGACGCACGCUCGGCUAAGCUCAUUAUGGACGGUGUUCGCAAGGUAGCAGACACAGGUCGAACUAUUGUCUGCACGACCCAUCAGCCUUCGGCAGUGGUCUUCAGUGUGUUCGACAGUUUGUUGCUACUAAAACGUGGCGGUGAGGUGGUAUUUUUUGGUGAUUUAGGCGAGAAUGCCUCGAACUUGAUCAGUUAUUUCGAGUCGAUCGAUGGUGUACCAAAGCUGGAGAAAGAUUAUAACCCAGCCACGUGGAUGUUGGAGGUGAUUGGCGCUGGUGUGGGUAAUGACUGUAGUGACAACACAGAUUUUGUAGGGACAUUCCAGACCAGUGUCCAAGCCAGGUUACUUGCUGUUAACCUUGAUCGGGAAGGCAUCACUCGACCAUCAGCGUCUGUACCUGAGUUAGUGUUUGAUCAGAAACGUGCGGCUGGAAAUUUGAUUCAAGCAAAGUUCCUACUCAAGCGCUUCUUUGACAUGUACUGGAGAACGGCAUCAUACAACUUGACACGAUUCCUAAUCUCGAUCAUGCUCGGAUUGGUAUUCGGAAUUGCCUACGUCGGAGCAGAGUACUCUUCAUACCAGGGCAUAAACUCGGGACUUGGUAUGGUAUUCAUGACGCAAUCGUACAUGACAUUCAUUGUGUUCAGCAGUGUCGUGCCAAUCUCAAUCCAAGAGCGAGCCUCAUUUUACCGUGAACGCUCAGCUCAGACAUAUAACGCGUUCUGGUACUUCAUUGGCGCUACAAUUGUCGAGAUCCCAUACUGCUUCGUUGAAUCGCUGUUGUUCAUGGUCAUCUACUACCCGAUGGUAGGCUUCACUGGAUGGGGUCAAUUCUUGGCAUAUUGGGUGAACUUGACUGGCCUCGUGAUCCUACAAGCGUACUUUGGUCAGCUUCUAGCGUACUUGUCUCCAAGUCUGGAAGUCGCUUCGGUCUUCGUUAUCCUCGUCAACUACAUCUGGAUCACCUUUACGGGGUUCAAUCCUCCAGUAGCGUCAAUUCCCCGCGGAUACCGGUGGCUUUACCACCUCACUCCACACAAGUACACGUUUGCGAGUCUGAUUGCGAUCGUAUUCGGUGACUGCCCAAGCCCUGGUGAUGGUAACCAACUUGGCUGUCAGCAAAUGACCGGUGCACCACCGACACUUGGGAACGAAAUUACGAUCUCCGACUACUUGGACGAGAUUUUCUCCGCCAAGCACAACGAAAUCUGGUCAAACUUUGGCAUUAUCUUACUGUGGAUCGCCUGCUUGCGAGUCGUAUCUCUCCUGGCGCUGCGCUUUGUGAACCACCAAAAGAGAUGA